GCUCUCACUGCGUAUGCGCGUCUGGUCCGGCGCUCAAUGACUACGCAUGCGUGUGCGGAGCAUUCGGUGUUAUUUGGGACUGGUGACGACCAACAUGGCGACGUCCUGCGCGUUUGAGCCGUGGCUGGAGGGGCAGCUGGAGGCGCUGGGUUUAGACUGGGACGUGUACGGCGCCUAUGUACGAGGCCUGUUGCGGGAGGCGGAGAACGACGCAGAACGGCUCGAAGGACUAGCGGAGGCGCUGGCGGUGGGGGAACAGGAUGAAGAUGUGCUACAAGAUGUUUGCCGGGAAAUAGUUGAAAGGUGGUCAGAGGCCCAAAAUGUUGGUGCCAAAGAGAAAAAAGAAGAUGAGAUGCAAGCCAUUGCCACCCUCAUUGAGAAGCAGGCCCAGAUUGUAGUAAAGCCCAAGGAAACCUCAAAGGAAGAGACACUACAGAAAGCUGCCCUUCUGGCCCAAUACGCUGAGGUGACUGAUGAAGAAGAUGAAGCAGAUGUACAAGAUGGUCCCGGAGCAGCAGCAGUGACCAUCCCCUCUGAACAAUCUUUGUUCAGAAACACAAAUCUGGAAGCUGUUGUGAAUGCCCGAAAGCUGGAGAGGGACCACCUGCGGGAUGAGUCACAGCGGAAGAAGGAGCAAGACAAACUUCAGCGGGAGAAGGACAAGUUGGCCAAGCAAGAACGGAAGGAGAAAGAGAAGAAGAGGACACAGAAAGGCGAGAGGAAGCGGUAGCCAGCAACACUGGGCAGUUCUCCUUUCCUCCCAGUCAUCUAAUGUAUGGCACAGAGUUUGGCCUGGGUGCCACUGCACCAUAAACUGCCUCCCUACCUACACACACAUCGCCCAGCUCUGCAGAAGGAACUCAUUUGCACAUUUGGGUCCAUGUCUUCAAUGCAUCAACUAAUGUCAUAAGCAAAGAUUUGGGUGGGGUGGUUCUCCCUCUCACUUGAAGCACUGAAAGAGAACUCUCUGUGUGUACACAUUUUUGCUGUCCAAACAUUGGACUGAAUGGUUGUGGCCAUCAUCUAUAACCAAAGAACUAUGUGAUGGCUACCUUUUUCUUCUCCAUGUCACUCCCUACUUGUAUUAACCAUUUAUGGGGAAUCUGUAAAGUUGAGGGGAAGACCUAGAGAUCCAUCUGCAUAUUUGCUGUGGCCAAAUGUUGCUUUUGGUUGGCAGAACUGUGAGCAAAGAUCACGUUUCCCACUUAAGUAAACCAGAGAGUAACACUCAUUGACAAGCUGAUGAAGCUGAAUUAACAGCCUGAUGCACCUCAGUCUUCUACAGCCAAAUGUGACCCAGACUUCUUUCUUUUGGUAGGGACUGGGCUGGUAAAUAUCUGUAACUUCUACAAGACUGGAUUGCUGCCAUUGGAGUAAAGUUCUAUGAAUUUAAUUUUUAAGUGGCAUGCGUGAAACCCUGUUCCAUGGAGCUCUUCAUCUAUAAUGGCCUGCGCUUGUGGUGGUGAAGCGUCUGAUGCUGCCUAAGCUGCCAUGGAGGAACAGAACAUUCAGACUACUCAAGGACCAAAGUUGUCUACUACAGAAUGCUCACAGUCCAAAUUCUGUGAGAAGGGCUGGCUUGAAACCUCAUUCAGGCUUGAUGGAGGGCAAGUUACAAGGCCUGGAAAGAGACUGGGAGGAGUUUAUUGGAAGAGAGUGAGCCCAAGGGGUAGAUUGUCUAAAGGUCGGGGGACUGAAGAAAAAUGGCACAGCAAGCAGGAGACAGAGGGAAGGGCAAGUGGGACAGACAGGUCUGAGGGCCGUUGGGGGGGGCUGUGGACAAGGGAGGGACCUAACCAGCCAAUUGGUUUGCUUGUCAUUGCACCUUGGCUCUCUCAAUCUUAUCCAGAAUUUGGCAGCCCAAAUUAUUCACCUCUCUCUUUGCAACCCCUUAAUGGACCACAAAACCCCUCCUUUAAUUCCUAACCUUAGAUUUCUGUCUGCUCCCAAAUACAGCAAACACUCCUCAUUCUCACUUUCACAGCUCACCAUGUCCGUAUCUUUGCUACGGUUCUUAGUCCUCUGAACACAAGUGCUCAGAGCCCAUUUCAAGCUCCUAAAAAUUAUUUUGGGUGCUUCAUGGCCAUUGUGUACUUGCACUAGUGGGUUUUGUACCUGUGUAGAGCUGGCUUUGGAAAAAUCUAUAGAGGAUUAGCCAGCAAGCUUUAGAUUGUCGUCUGCUGCCUUCUCCUAAAUUAGGAAGCACUAUUUAUAUGCAUGCUUUCAAGAGUGGAAUGAGGACCUGCCCACUCAGUUCUCCCCUAACUGCCGCACUUGCAGUGGCUAAGGAAAACACACUCUUCCACUGCAGCUUUAGUUGGGCUUACUUUCUUUCCUGUUUCCUCCCUCCCUCCUCCUCCUUCUACAAAAUGCUCACAGUCCCAAUUCUGCGAGAAGGGCUGGCUUGGCUAGAUUGAAACCUCAUUCAGGUUUGGUGGGGGGCAAGUUACAAAGACUGGAAACAGACUGGGAGGAGGUUCUUGGAAGAGAGUGAACCCAAGGGGUAGAGUGUGGUUUUUGGAACAUAACUUCCAUCCUUCUUGUUUUUCAUUGCUCCUUUUUUUUUUUUUUUGGUAAGAUGAGUGUGUCUUAAAGAUGCAAUUCCUGUGGGGGCAAGCUUGCUAUCUCUUAAUGCCACAACCUAGGUGAGAAGCACAAGGUGGACUUCUAUGCUUGCUAUUUAAAAGUCAUCUGAACAGUUGAGGUACAACAUAUACACGAGUCCAUGUAAUUCUUUGCGAGAAAGGGUCUUGGUUGGCUACUAUUGUGGAGCAGCUCAUGGCAUCAGCCCUGACCUCUAUUUUGAAAUCAUCUUUCCCUGGUUGGAGUUCUGCUUUCUGACCCUUGCACCGAAUCAGCUUCCAUGGCUUUGAUAUCAAAGCAGACACUGAAAUCUCUCUUCAGAUAGAGAAAUAUCUCGGGUUCCAAGGGUAGUGAGUGUUGUUUGGCUCCCUCACUGUAGGGAUGUGCACGAACCUGUUAGGAGGCUCUUUUACAGGCCUCCGGACAGGUUCAAACACCGGGCAGUUUGAAGUGUUUGGCAGUUGGGGGGGGGGGAACUUUAAGGGCAGGGGAGGGUGCACUCACCACAUACACCCCCGCUGCAUUUCCCCUGCCGGCGCUUGCUGAAAAACCAGUCUGGUGGGGUGGCAGUGUGCCGCCCCAUCCGCUCCUCCGACCAGAAAUGACCGGAAGUAGAGUGUGCACGCACAUGUCACACCCACACGCACGCGCUACUUCCUUUCAGUUCCGGUCCGAUGAGUGGACAGGGUGGCAGGGAAGUAUGCUGCCACCCCUCCGUACCGGUUUUUCAACAAGUGCUGGUGGGGGAAACGUGGCGGGGGGUGGGGAAUGCACCCUCCCCUGACCUUAAAGUUAUACCCCACCACUGUCGAACUAGCCCCCACCGGUUCCGUGCACAUCCCUACCUCACUGGAGCCAUGCAAAGAAGCAGCCGCAUCAGGGUGACUCUAAACCUCUUUGGAUGUGCAAGUGGUGAUUGAGACACCGGUGGUGACAUCAGCUUCUUCCCCAAUGACCAUCAUGGCUUUGUUUGGUUCCCGAUCAGUGGCCUCACCAGAUCUGUUACCCUUUAUCCACCCCCUGCUGAGUUCAGGGUUCCUAGUGGAGCAAGUCCUGGAGAUAUUUUAAAGACUAUUUCCCAGAAUUCCUUCAUCUGGUUUUAGUAUUUUCUCAGGUUCCCACUCUCCUCCCCAAAGGGGAGACAGAAGCUACCGUUCCCCCUCGGAGAUCUGCCUCAUUGGAAUUUCUCUGUUCACCAGCUUGCCAUCUCCUGUCAUGCCCCUGCACAGGCCUGACAGCUGGGUUAUUAGGGUGCCUACCUCUCCAGUUAGGAUUGAAAUUGGAGCACUGGCCUGGAUGGACCCAUCUUAUUUCCCUUGUCAUUGUUUGCUUCCCUGUUAACAGGAAGCUUCUCUGUGUGCUGACCGUCUUCAUCUGACUGACUACGAUAGGGAAAUUGCAUCAUGAUCUCUACUGAUGGGGCUCCUUUUAUCGGCCACACUAUAUUGCCUGUGCUGUUCUUACUCCAGUGGCUACUGCUCAGCCUUGCUGCCAGUGGCCCUAUGCUUUCUCCACCUCCAUCCUGAUAUCCUUAGCACCAAGAAACCUAACUGUUCAGGUUCUCAGAUGAACAGCAUGAGCCUCUAUCCUAUGUUAUCUGCAAUUCAGCCUACCUCAAAUAUUCCAGUGGCAACCAUGAUGCCUUUCACUAAACCUGCCUUGGCAACUUCAUUACACCAGCUCUUCCUUGGUAUUUACUACAAUGUCCAUUUUGGCUCUUCUUUUCAUAAGCAGUUUGACCAUCCCAAUCGUGACAUCAGCUGCCUUAGGAUCCCUUCCCAUCCACCAGUGAGGCUAAGGUCUGUAAGAUUGCUUGGACUGCGUCCACACCUUCAGUUGCAAUUUACCCUGUGGGCAUGUCCAAGUCUCUGUCUCAGCCCUCAGGUUCAGAAAGUCUCUGAAGCUGCCUUUUCUGGUAUUGCAGGCUUGGACGGGGCCUCGGAGCCCUCCCUGUGUCAACCGUAAGGCACAUUUUAGCUAAUGUCUGUAAACCUGACCUAAGAAAGACCUGUGCUCAGGGCUGCACAACUUCAGCCCUCCAUCUGUUUUUGGACUAACUCCCAUCAUUCCCAGGCACAGUGGUCAAUUGUCAAGUAUGAUGGGAAUUGUAGUCCAACAUUUGCAGACAGGCCAACGUCUACCAGAGGUAAACUGGUCUUUUUCUUUAGUUAGUUUUUUCACUGCAACAUCUUCAUAGUCAACAAUCUGAUCUGACUUUGUAGUCCCUCAGGCUCAUAUAGCUAUAGUACUAGCAUUUCACUUACAUGUGGAAAACGAAUUUCUCUUCUCACCCCACCCCUGUGACCUUGUGAAACAGUUUCACAUGCUCCAUCUGGUGCUUCAGAUGGUGCUCCAUCUGAUCUUUAUCAUCCAGUUUGAUCUGUUGUGGGGUAUUUCUUUGGUGCUUACACAAAUAUUUGAGCCUAUGACCACCUGUGGUGUCAAUCUUCUGGCCUUUAAGAUGACCUCCUUAGUGGCUGUGCCUUCAGUGCAAUGGGCCAGUGGACUCUGUGCUUUAAAACACGGCCCUGGUUUCACCAGAAUAAGGCAGUCUUGUGACAUUACCUUCCUCUUUAAAGGCAUUUCUACUUUUCAGCUCACUCGGGACAUUGUUUGGGUUUGUACCAGGUUUCUCUUCACAUGAAGAGCAGGAGCAUGCCUUAUGUACUCUGGAUGUCUGAAAACCACUAGCCUUCUCUCUUUAGUGUAUAAUUUCAUUCCAUAAAGAGCAAAUAUGGUGCUUGUACUAUGGUGCUUCACACAAGUGUAAGAGGUUUUAUCUAUGUUGCUGGUUGGUUGUAUCUGCAGUCUUGUUAUGACCUAGCCAAGCUAGCUCCUCCCUUGGGAGAUUUAGGGCUCAUUCUGCCAGGGGCUGGCCCCAUCUAUGGCCUUCACAUGAGAUGUAGCACUUGGGGAACUCUUCAAGACAACUGCAUAUUCUGCCUUUUACAUUUAUGAAAUGUUAUGCCUUAGGUGUUUGUUCCUGGACAGAUUACCUUUUGGGCAGAUCUGUCCUUCAGAGAACCCCUUUGCUUGAAGACACAACCCCAUCCUUCCAGCUUGCUGAUAUUCUAGUGGCUGCUCACCUCUCCUGUUACUCUUCUCCAGGGAGUCAUUUGUGCAGCUGCACAACCCACCUUUCCUGCUGCUACCUUGGUCCUGGCGAGAGUGAGAAGAAACUGAGCCAGAAUGCACUCAUCCUGCCCUUGACAGCAUGUACAUAAAUAGGACCUCAUCUUUCCUGGACAGAAGGGUUAAGCACUAGCUCACUGGCUAAAAGUUCAAGAAUGUUCCGAAGCUAGCUCUGUAGGUGCAGAAUCCAUGCAUGUGGUUCAGAGUUGGGAUACGACAAAAAAAGUGUUGGUGUGCUCAUUGCUACUAAGCAAAUAUAAUCAUGCAUACAACCUUAUUAUAAGAUUAUAGGGAGAAUGUUCAUCCUCUUUUGGCAGUAAAGCCUCAUCACACUUGGUCCUAGGGAGUGAGGUGCAGUCCUUUGGUUAGCUAGUACGGGUAGGAGAAAAAAGUGUGCCAUUUCAAAAUUUUCCCAUCUCAGUAGUGCUGCUUCCCUCCCCAGGCCACAGAUAAAAAAAGCCAGGGUCUUCCUCAGGCAAAUGGAAUCCUAAUAGGAUUGUCUUCCUGUUUCUCUGAAGCCUGGAUUUUAUUUUGGGAAGAAGCGGGGAAUGAAACUGGAAUGGAGAUGAUCAGUGGAGUAGAAGGAAGGACUCUAGCUUCCAUUUUAAUAUUGACAAUUAACAGCCUGAUGGAGGAAGUGGGCAAAGGACAGCAUUCUGUGUCCUGCAGCACACCUUCCCCAUGCUAUACCUUCUCUAGAAGGCAGGAGUUUUGAAAUCAUCUUAUCUCUCAAGCCUUUGCCCAAAGGGUCAGCAUAUAUUGUUUAAAACAAGUUAAGCCUCAUCUUUGGUGACAAAGCCUGCAGUGUCCCAAGUAGUGGAGCACAGGCAUGUUAAUGUUUGUUUGUUUGUUCAUGUUUACAUCCUUCCCUUUAUCCAAGAUGGUCAGGGCAGCUCACAGUACAAUAGCCACUUGCCUGGUAGCCUGUAGAAAGAAUUGCCAUCAGAUGUUCUGGUAACAAAGUGUUUAUAAAAUAGAAAAGAACUGCUUUCAAUAAAAACAAUCAGCCCAGGAAUGUGCCACAAAUGACAAACAAAAGAUAUUUGUAGAUAAGUAGAAUUGUAACUUUUAUGCCCUUGGUGUCAGAUUGCUAUAGCAACUUCCUGCGGUCUCCCUAAGGCAAAUUGCUCCAUCAGAGCAGAAUUUGGCAGCAUGGGGUGGGUGGUGCAGGAGUGAGCAAGAUCAUGGGUUCUUAAAAUGCAAGCCCUUAAUGUUCAUCAUAUCUAACAGGGAAAUGACUUAAGAAGUGUCUUGCUGGGUAAGGCUAAGGUCUGUCUUCAGCAUUCUGUUUUUAAUAAUGAAUGGAUCAAAGAACCUUCACUUUAGGAUAAGAGUUGAGUUAAGGCACUUACCAUCAUGCACCAGAAAGCACAGAAAUCUUAAAUCAAGGUGCCUGUAUUGAUUUCUGUGUUAUUUAAGCAAUAAGCACAUUCUGUAUAGCCUGUGCUCACUUAACACUAGCCUCCAUACACCCAUACUUUCAGCCCUCCUAUUCAGGCUGGAGUAACAUUGAAGUUGUGGUCACUGUUACAUCAGACUUUAAUAAAAUACUAGCUGACCUGGCACAGAGCAUCUGAGCCCCUAGUUCUCCCUGUCUCCCCCACCCCCUGCCAGCUCGUUUGCCCUCCACCGGCCUCCUCCUUCCUGCCGCCGGCCAGCCUCAACCGCCACCCCACCCCCGGCCGGCACCACCACCAUUUUCUCCCCUGUCCUUGUGGCUAAUUGGCAGCUGCUUGCAAACUCUCGCGAGAGCUGCCACACAUAGUUAGCCACAGGUACGUUUUAGAGAAAUAAAUAUAUAGAUUGCCUUUUAAAAUUCUUAAUUCUGAUAACCAGUUUCCAGCAUGAUUUGUCUUGUGCAUGUUAAACCAGAAGUAAACUCAGCAAAAUAAUCAAAGCUGAUCAGAAUCAGAUAUUCUCUGUUCUGCUUGUACAUUUUAAAGUGGCUUUGUUGCAAAGACCAAUCCUAUACAUGUUUUAGUCAUGAACGCAGAUUUUGCCUUUUCCUUUCUCUUUACUGACUCAUGAUAAAAUAGUCAGUGCCCCAAUGUCCAUCUGUCCCAUCUUGUGUUCUCUGUAUCCUUUGUGGAUCAACCUUGUUGUCCACUCACCCAAAUGCAGGCCAUCACCUGUAGCAAAUUAAAUUCUCUCUAACCCAGGACUGCACAACUUUGGCCCUCCAGCUAAUUUUGAACUACAACUCCCUUCAUCCCCAACUGCAGUGGCUACUAUUCAAAGGGAAUUGUAGUCCAACUUCUGCAGAAGGGCCAAAGCCCUUCUCUAACCCUAAUGAAAACAUAUAGGUAAGCAGAAUGUCAGUGUGCCACUAUCCCUACAGCAUCCUCAGCGUUCAUGGUCUGCUAACUUGCAGAGGAAAAUGAGUAGGCCUAAAAGAGCCUAUAGAAUGUGUUUAUUGCUUACAUAGCACAGAAACUAAGGCAGGUGUCUUAACACUUCCAUGUGUAAGUGACUUAACUCUUAAACCAAAGGUUUAUUUGAAACAGAAAUCUGCUGAAUUACAUGAGAGCAGGGGACCCAGAAUUUAAUUUCAUUAUGGUUCUUGGCAUUUAUACUGUGCUUUAAGGUGCUGAACAAACUUCCCACAUCAUCUCCAUAGCCUUUACACCAGCCAGGCAUUUUCACUACUCUCUGCUUAUUCUUGUUUUAUCUUCAUAGUUUGUUAAAUAUUUCAAUUGUGUACUAGG